AUGGGCUCCGAGCUGGACGUCGUCAAGGCCGAGCCGGCACCCCCGACCAGCACAUGGAAGGGCAAGAUCUGGGACACGUUCGACCUGCCCCCCGAGGAGCGCAAGCUGCUGUUCAAGGUCGACGCGGUGAUCCUCACUCUGGCCUCGGUCGGCUACUUUCUCAAAAAUCUCGACCAGGCCAAUGUGACGAACGCGUUCCUCUCUGGCAUGAAGGAGGACCUCGGCAUGCUGGGCAACGAGCUCGUCACCGCCAAUACCCUGUACACUGUCGGCUAUGUGAUCGGGCAGGUCCCGUGUAACCUGCUCCUCACGCGCGUACCGGCGCGCUACGUCCUGCCAGCGGUAAGCUUACUGCCAUCUGCGGGCGGCACUGACGAAAGCUGGAACUCGGAUGGGGAGUGUGCACCCUCGCAUGCUACGCCAUCAAAAACCCUCUACGCCCUCCGCUUCCUCAUCGGCCUGUUCGAGUCGGGCUUCUACCCCGGCAUCCACUACAUCCUUGGCGGAUGGUACACCUCGCGCGAGAUCGGCAAGCGGAGCGUCAUCUUCUGGGUGGCGGGCGGCAGUGGGCCCAUGUUCAGCGGAUAUCUCCAGGCAGCGGCGUUCAAGAACCUCAACGGGGUGAACGGGCUCGCGGGGUGGCGAUGGAUGUUCAUCAUCGACGCCAUCGUCACCCUCCCUGUGGCCGUGGCGAGCUUCUUCUUCCUCCCUGGUCUGCCGUUGCAGGACGCCAAGGACUGGUGGUUGACCGAAGAGGAACACGAGCUCGCCAAGGAGCGCAUGCUGCGCGCGGGGCGCAAGGGCAAAGAGCCUUGGACGAGGGCCAAGCUGGUGACUCUGUUCACGUCUUGGAAGACGUACAUGAUGCCCAUGCUCUACGUCCUCUGGAACAACGGGUUCGGCCAGAACCCGAUGGGGUUCUGGCUCAAGAGCUUCAACUCCAAGACCAACCCGCCUGUCCCGGGGCGCACGUACACCGUGCCGCAGAUCAACACAUACCCGACCAUCACGACCGCGCUGUGGAUCACCGGCGGGCUCGUGUUCGCAUGGCUGUCCGACGGGCCCUUCAAGGGCCGCCGCUGGCCGUUCAUCUACAUCGGCGCGUUCAUCACCCUCGCGUGGGUCAUCUCGCUGCGCCAGAUCCCGCUGUACGGCAGCAUCAAGACGCACUACGCGCUCUACUGGCUCCUGCAGAGCGGCGGCGGCGCAGGCGCGCUCAUUCUGGCGUGGAUCAACGAGGCGAGCGAGGACACCGAGACGCGCGCAAUCCUCGUCGCGUGGGCCAACGACCUCGCGUACAUCAUGCAGUGUAUCGGUCCCCUCUUCUACUGGAAGACCACCGACUUUCCCGCGGCGAAGAAGGGCUACGCGAGCCAGAUCGGCCUGCAGUGCGUCCUUGUGGCGUGGACGACGGCCGUGCUGUGGUUGCUUCGCAGGGACAAGCUGAAGGGGUUGAAGGUGAGGGCGGACGACGAGGGAUCGGACGCUCGCGACGAGCAGAGCAGCGACGGCGUCAACGAAGACUUGAAGGUCUAG